AUGAACUGUUCUUCGCCAUAUUUAUCGAUUUCUACAGCAGACAGCUCUCAGAGAGCGUAUCAAGAAAUGGAUCGCUUCGCCGCCCUACCACCAGAGAUUCUCUGCGAAGUCCUCAAGUCGCUGCCUAACCUGCACUCACUCCAAAACCUGCGCCGCGCAUCGCCGGCUGUGAACAGUCUGCUGCAUGAGGAGGAUUCUCCCGUUACAUCGGACAUCGUGGAGAGUAUCAUCUCAUCCAACCUCGUGCACUCCACUCGGCUGACAGUGCGCCUUGUCAUCUUACUGGCCUGGGGCGUGGAUGGGCAUCACGUCCUUUUCGAGGCUCCGGAUGAUCUCCGAGACAUCCUUUGGGGACCACACAGGGAAGCUCCGCCGGCGCGAGAAAGGCACCGAGACACAGUGGGACACCGGCCCCUGACACGUUACACUGGUCUUCCCUCGGCCGUUCUUGUCCGGGUCAUCGCUCUCUCGGAGCGAGUCCACGAGCUUGGACAUCGCUGUUUCCACGUCAUGCUUGCUCGUGUGCUGGCAUCACAGCCUCGGCGGCCAAAAGACCCAUCCCUCAACUACGUGGCCUAUUUGCGCCAAGUCCAAGCCGCCAGGCGAGAGCGGGCGCCGUCUCGCCCGCCCACACCAGAGCCAGAGUCGGAGCCGGUGCCGUUCCCUCCUGCCGCAACAGCCCCGCCUUCUUGGGGAGAGACACAGCGUCUGGAGGCUGUGUCAUGGGAGUAUGCCCUAGAAGCCAUGAAGCUUUACCUGCCGCCGUCAUCAGACCCCGUAACAACAGCAUGGCAGGCCUCGAUCCGCGAAGUGUUCCAGCCGCCCGCUGAGUACUAUGUUCCUCAGUGGACGAGCUACAGCGCCCUGGAAGAAUGCCUUCCGGAGCAGGUGAUGCGCCUAUCGGAAGCGAUCAACGUACUGCCAGCAUUACAACAAUCAUGCUGCCAGGGGGGCCCACUUAUGGAUGACCACGAGGAAUGGAAGCCGCCUGCGUAUCUUAAUACUAAGCAAGACAGGCUCGACCUUGAACCUGAUUGGGGCAUCUAUCCGACCUGGCUGGUCUCACCUACGAAGCGAGAGGAAUGGAGUCCCAUCUUCCAGGCAGAGCUGCACGAUUUUUUCCCUCUCGGCUUCGCGCUAUGGUGCAGAAAGCGGAUGGCCGCACUGGGGUUCCUGGCGCAAAAGGACGCCAAGACACAAAGGAAACGGGUUGCCGACUGGCCAAAGUUGAACGGGAAAUGGCCGGCUCAUAAUGUAGAGUACUCAGAUCAGUUUGCCUGCAGAAGUGUGAUGUCUCCUAGUCAGGUGGAAGCCAUGCACGAGCGGUUGGCAAGCUGGUGGGCUGACAACGUUGUGAAUCAGCCACCUCGCGGUAGGUAA